ACCUGUUAAUGGUUUAAGGGUUUUUAUGGCCCUCUUUUUUUACGUGUAUAUUCAGCUCGGAGUAAUUUAUCGCCGGGGCAUCAUUGAACCAUUGUUGGAUUAAAUCAUCUUCGCUGUGUGUCACAUUAAUAACAGAGCUUCCCAUGAUUGCAUGGAAACUGAAGUUUUGUUGAAAAUUUAUUGAAUGCAGGUAAACAGAACUUGGUGAAAUAUCACUCCACGAGGACGGCUAUAAGCGGCAUUCGUAGGAUAUUCAGCAGUCUCGAAUAAUGUUCAAGCGAAAGAAAACUGACUGCCAGAAAAGACAUAAUGACAUCGACUAUCAUGAUGUUAACGUCAAGGAGAGUACGACAAGUGAUGACAAUGUCCGCAGCGACAGUAUUGCACCUCCAUCUGUGUCUUCAUGGACAGUUAUUAUUGGGACGUUGUACCAUCAUAGAGGUGUGAUCUGGGCCAUCAUGUCCGUCUUAGUUGCUACAGCAUGUUCCUUAUGUAUCAAACUGCUUACAGGUAAAGUGGCAGCUACUCAGAUACUCUUCUUCCGCGGGCUUGCUCAAGUAAUAUUUUCUCUGCCCCAUCUGGUGUUUUAUAGGAUUUCACUUCGGUUCCCUUUGAAAAUAGUAAUGCUGAUAUUGUCGAGAGCAUUAGUUGGAUCUCUUAGUGCAUUUCUGAACUACUUCGCGUUUCAAGUCAUUCCAGUCGCAACUGCUAAAGCGUUGCUGUACAGUUCACCGCUAUUUACUGGUAUCUUUGCACGUGUUUGUCUGGGUGAACAUUGCUCAGUUGCAAUAGCGUUCUUCUCGUUUCUCACCGUCAUCGCCGUUACCCUUGUUGUUCAACCACCGUUCAUAUUCGGCGGUGGUGACAUCGGAAAUUUGACUGGAAUACUAUGCGCGAUCGUGGGUGCUGUUGUCAUGGCCGGGAACACCAUCAUUUUGCGAUUCAUGCAGAUCUUACGCAUCGAUGCACACGCCAUCAUAUUCAUCUAUGGAUUCAUUGCCAUGUUCUGCAGUUGUGCCGUGACCACAGCACUCGGUGAAUGGACGACCCCUCACUGCGGGAUUGACCGCUGGUUUGUAAUAGGGCUGGCAGUAUCUGGGUUCCUGGAGCAGGUAACAGUGACACUCGCUCUCAAGACCGAACCGGCCCUUGUUGUUUCCAUUAUUCGAACUAAUGAUAUUUUCCUCGCUUUCGUUUUCGACUUUCUUAUUUUCCACAUCGUGCCCAAUGCGUGGACAGUUGUCGGAGCGAUCUUGGUCGUCGGAAGCGCAAUUGGAAUGACGAUAUCGGCAAAUUAUGAACUCAAGAAACAGAUGCAGGUGGAGAAGGAGGAGGAGGAGGAGGCCUCUUUCGAGAACAGGGAUGAUCAUUUAUCGCGGAUCUAGGAUGUAUAAUAACUAACCUGUCAGUUCAAGUUGAUCUAGCACACUUGCCUUGUUUAAAAAGUGGCCUUUACAAUAUACAUUGAGGGCAUUAGUAAGAAAU